AUGACUGCACACUCAGACUUCCUGGACUACUACUAUGACCUCUUCACCUAUCUCGAGGAGCGCAAGCAACGACUCGAGGAAUUCAAAGAGGAUGUGAAGAUGCUUCCACCAGAGCUGAGGACCAAGGAAUGGAAAUACUACAGCGGCAAGGAACGUGCCUAUCUGCGCAAGCGACGCACCCGAACGCGUCUCGCCAACUUCCACAUCAUCACCCAGGUCGGCCAGGGCGGGUAUGGCCAAGUAUACCUGGCUCGAAAGAAGGACAGCAACGAGCUCUGUGCUUUAAAGAAGAUGAGCAAAAAGCUUCUCCAGCGGUUGGGCGAGGUCCAGCACAUUCUCACCGAACGAGACAUUCUGACUCGAACGCAGUCGCCGUGGCUGGUCAAGCUGCUGUACGCCUUCCAAGAUAUCGAGAAUGUGUACUUGGCUAUGGAGUAUGUUCCAGGAGGCGAUAUGAGGACGCUGCUGAAUAACAGCGGUGUCCUGCGGGAGGAACACGCACGGUUCUAUGUCGCAGAAAUGUUCAUGUCCAUUGCAGCUCUUCAUGCCCUUGGAUACAUCCACAGGCAAGUAGGCCCGGACCUGAAGCCUGAAAACUUUCUCAUCGAUGCAGGCGGGCAUAUCAAGCUGACUGACUUUGGCCUCAGCCGAGGCAACCUGUCGCCCGAGAUCAUUGACUCAAUGCGAUUGAAGCUCAACAAAGUCAAAGAAACUCCGUUUGUCCAGCGAUCGAUCAAGGAGCGGUGGAACAUUCACAAGACCGUCAAGCGCGAGGCGAUGCGGGCAUUUAGUUUGGUCGGCUCCCCGGACUACAUGGCGCCCGAGGUGCUUGCGAACAACAACCAGGGAUACGGACUUGCAGUCGACUACUGGAGUGUCGGAUGCAUCAUGUUUGAGUGCCUCUCAGGCUUCCCGCCCUUUACGGCACCGACCACUGACGACGUGUGGGUCAAUGUGUACCACUGGCAGAGGGUGCUCGAGCGACCUGUCUACACUGGCGUUGACGAAGAGUUCAACCUCACUGACGACGCCUGGGAUCUCAUUACUCGCCUCUUGACGCUCGCGGCUCAAAGGUACACCACGCCGGAUCAAGUCGAGUCCCAUCCGUUCUUCCGGGGCCACAAGAUGCUCCUGCCAGGCACGACCAUGAGCGUGCCCUUUCAGUUCCGCCAUCUGCGCGGCACCGGUUCGGCAUCGAUUACGCCGCCGUUCGUCCCGCGGUUGGCCUCCGAGCUCGAUACAUCCUACUUUGACGACUUUUCGAACCCGAGCGACAUGGCCAUGUACAAGGAAGUCAAGGAGCGCCAGCGUGCACUCGAGUCCAAGAUGAGCGCACCCGGUGGGAAGGGUGCUGCCGGCGGCCAGGAGGACUCGGAUGUUCGCGAGCUCAGGUCGGCCUUUAUUGGCUUCACGUUCCGGCAUAGCGAUAUGAAGAACUGGGGCGAGCGAGAUGUGCAGGUCCGCGGACCAGCCAGCCUUUUCUGACCAGAUGGUGUGUCGUGGCUGUGGCCGUUGUCUGCCACUGGAAGACUUGCACUAUCUGGGCUCAGUUUCAUACGAGACGCCGAUGGGUAUACAGGGCUGUCUCUGGCUCUGGAGGUUUCCUUCGGUAGCAAACUUGAAUAAACAUGCAUUCGUGCGAGAAGGCUCCAGUCCACUCGUCCGCAUUCAUGCAAAGCACGAUGCCUCGCAUCGCUAAAACGAAGCGAGACAGAGCCCAUUCGUGCUCUUCACAUCAGCCGCUGCUUGCUGUUGGU